CCAUAUUGCCGGCUGACAAUAUCCGUGGAGGCUGCAAGAAUGCAGUAGAAGCGUUCUCUGCUAGGAUUAGGGAGGAAGAAUUAUCUAUUAUCUAUCUAAAGCCCGAUUUACAAUAAUAGCGAGUAAUACUUCUAGCUCGGUUACAAGCGCACUCAGCACAUACUGUAGAAUAGGGGUGUUGUGUUCUCACCCAGCUGCACUGUUAAAACUGGACCGGAGGUGUUAAGAAUAAAGAAAUAAGGACUGAACAUGUCUGUGGUGGGAAUUGAUGUGGGUUUCCAGAACUGUUACAUCGCUGUUGCCAGGAGCGGCGGCAUUGAAACCAUUGCAAAUGAAUACAGUGACAGAUGCACUCCAGCAUGCAUUUCUCUGGCCUCUAAAAACCGGACCAUUGGAAAUGCUGCUAAAAGUCAGAUCAUAACGAACUUUAAGAACACGGUUCACGGCUUUAAGAAGUUUCACGGUCGAGCGGUUGAUGACCAAUUUGUUCAAGGGGAAAAAUCCAAGUUGCCUUACAACCUUCACAAACUGGACAAUGGCAGCACUGGAAUAAAGGUACGUUAUCUGAAUGAGGACAAGGUGUUUACCAUCGAGCAGAUGACUGCCAUGUUGCUCACCAAGCUGAAAGAAACUUCUGAGCAUGCCUUGAAGAAGCCUGUGGUGGACUGUGUGAUAUCUGUCCCCAGCUUUUUUACGGAUGUAGAAAGGAGAUCCCUGAUGGACGCAACUCAGAUUGCUGGGCUGAACUGCUUGAGGCUGAUUAAUGACACAACAGCAGUGGCCUUGGCCUAUGGCAUCUAUAAACAGGACUUGCCAAACCCUGAGGAGAAACCCCGUAAUGUCGUGUUUGUUGACAUUGGGCACUCAUCUUAUCAAGUCUCCAUUGCUUCCUUUAACAAGGGGAAAUUGAAGGUGUUGGCUACAGCAUUUGACCCAUAUUUGGGCGGACGCAACUUUGACGAGUUGCUUGUGGAAUAUUUCUGCGGAGACUUCAAAAACCGUUUCAAACUCAAUGUUAAAGACAACCCAAGAGCCCUUCUAAGGCUCUAUCAGGAGUGUGAGAAACUGAAGAAACUCAUGAGUGCAAACUCUUCUGAUCUCCCUCUCAACAUUGAGUGCUUCAUGAAUGACAUCGAUGUCCAUGGGAAAAUGAACAGGGUGCAGUUUGAAGAGAUGUGUGCUCAGCUCUUGAUGAGAGUGGAGGCGCCACUGAAAUCGGUCAUGGAACAAUCAAAGCUUAGCAGAGACGAGAUCUAUGCCAUUGAGGUGGUGGGCGGAGCCACCAGAAUCCCGGCCAUAAAGGAGAGAAUCUCAAAGUUCUUCGGUAAAGACAUCAGCACCACGCUGAACGCAGAUGAGGCUGUAGCACGCGGAUGUGCGUUACAGUGUGCAAUCCUGUCUCCAGCCUUCAAAGUCCGAGAGUUCUCCAUCACAGACGCAGUCCCCUUCCCGAUUACUCUGCGCUGGAAGUCUCAGACAGAUGAAAGUGUCGGGGAAUGUGAGGUGUAUAGUAAGAACCAUGCAGCACCUUUCUCCAAAGUCAUCACCUUCCACAAGAAGGAGCCUUUUGACCUGGAAGCAUUCUAUAGUUCUCCAAAUGAGCUGCCCUAUCCGGAUAGCAGAAUAGGCCGCUUUACCAUACAGAAUGUCGUGCCGCAGCCUGAUGGGGACAGUUCAAAGGUCAAGGUGAAAGUGCGCGUGAACAUGCACGGCAUCUUCAGCGUGUCCAGUGCCUCUCUGAUAGAGAAGCAGAAAGGAGAGGCAGAGGAUGUGCAGAUGGAAACAGAACCUACUGUACAGAAUGAGGGCAGGCCUGAGGAACAGAAUAAAAUGCAGGUGGACCAGGAAGGCCAAGGAGACCAGCCCACUGAAGAGGAAAAGAUGAAUAACUCUGGCAAUAAGGAUGGUGAUAAACAAGAUCAAGUUGCAAGCAGUAGCAAAGCCAAUACAAAAGUGAAGAGUGUUGAUCUGCCCAUUUGGGCCAACACCACCCGACAGCUGGAUCAAGAUGUGCUCAACAACUUUGUUGAUUAUGAAAAAAAAAUGAUCAUACAAGACAAGCUGGAGAAGGAGAGAAACGAUGCUAAAAAUGCUGUGGAGGAGUAUGUUUACGAAGUGCGAGACAAACUGUGUGGCAUCUAUGAGAGAUAUGUCACUGAAGAUGAAAGUAACCGACUCACUAUAAUGCUUGAGGACACAGAGAUCUGGCUGUAUGAAGAAGGAGAAGACCAGGAGAAAGAAAUCUAUCAGGACAAACUGUCUGAACUCAAAAAGUUUGGUGAGCCCAUUGAAGAACGGUACAGAGAGCAUGAGGGUCGACCCAGAGCGUUCGAUGAGCUAGGCAAGAAAAUUCAGCUUUUUAUGAAGGCGGUGGACAUGUAUAAACAGAAGCAGGAUGAGCGCUACCAGCACUUGAGCGCCGAGGAGAUGAGUGUUGUUGAGAAGAGUGUGUGUGAAGCUUUAGGCUGGAUGAAUACAAAGAUGAACGCCCAGAGCAAACUUACAGUUGCUCAAGACCCAGCAGUCAAAGUAGCAGAGAUCAUUCAGAAGAUUCAGGAGUUAGAGGAUGUUUGCCAUCCUGUCUUCAACCGGCCCAAACCCAAAACCGAGGAGCCUGUAGAAGAGGGAGACAAAAACAAUGGGGCACAUAACGGCCCCGCAGCACAGCAAGGCGCAGACAGCAAAGGCAAUCAGCAGAUGAAGCCUCCGUCUGGAGAGAUGGAGGUGGACUGAGCUCUUCCUCACUCAACCAUCUAAUUCUGCUGUCAUUCUCACUUAAGCCACUAUUAAAUCUUUUCAACUUACACUGAACCGAUAGCUGGAACCAUUCUCUUUAUGUCCACCACUCAGUUGGCUGUAUUUGUGCAUCUGUUUGUAGACGUCUGCUCCUCUGUUGGUUUUCUCUUGUACCUAUUAAGGGACUGGGUCAGGCUGUCCUUCAAGUGUUGCAGCUGUAUUGGAAACACAGUCCGGGAUUGGACAUCCACAGUAGGAUCAUAUAGAAUAGAUGUAGUUCAAUAACUGAAACGAUGCUGCCGCUCUUAACAAAAAGCUAUCCCUAAAACAAUGUGAUGCAUUCUGGGAGAGCCAAAGGCAUUCUUGAGGUGAAUCAUAUCACUUGGUAACUUGAAUUAAACAUGAAUUAAAAUACUGUCUGAUCAAUCGUUAAGAUUGAGGGAAAAGAAGCAAAUAUGUAUGCAAUACAUAUAAAUAUAUGGUUUAUAUUUGUAUUUAAUAUAUACAUUUCCAAAGGAUGUGUUGUCUAGAGCCUGUAAAUAUUAUUUUAGUAAUUUGAAUUUAUGGGUGCUUAGAUAUAGGUACACUCCUAUUGUUGACAUUGCAAUGCUUUCAGCUCCGUAGUGUCAUAUGAAAGUAGAAUGUUUUGAGCAGGUCAUUCCUUUUUUCCCCAGUUUUCAUGCAGUCCCAUAUCUAGUAUUGAGGUUUGAUGAUCACAAAUAUUAAAACAUGCCUUUAU